GUUGUUUCUAUAAACAAAAAAUAUGGCUGCUACGGUCCGACCAAGAGAUAGCUCGGUCGCCAGAUCAGCAGAGCAUUGUUCCCUUACUUUCCCCUAAAGUCAGGUAGCUAGUGACACAUAAUAACAUUUUGUUACUUCACCAAUUGAACACUUAAACAAAUUUACCUCUUGCAGCAGAAUAAUGAAGAAAACUGAUGUCUCAAAUGCAUUGGUUCCUGUAACUCAAGAACUUUCUUUGAAAAAUAACAAAGCAAGGAAUCCAUUUAAAGUGCCAAUGGAUCAUGAUAUAUUUGCACUUCGUGAUAAAGAAAAACAAAGAAAAAAGAUAGAAAGGGAAGUGCAAAAGAAACAAAAGGUCCAUGAAAAAACAACAUACACGUAUCGUAUUAAUGCUCGUACAAAAGCAAUGAUUCGCCCUGCCGGUGAUACAGAUAAUGAUCUGACUGAUGAAGAAGACAAAGAAAAAGAUGGUACCAUGAUACUAAAAGAUGAUCCAGGAUUUGUAUUAUCAACUACAAAGGAUCGGCAUGUUGAGAAAGAACAUCUUGAUGACUAUAUUGCAAAGAAGCGUGAAAUGUUUUUAGUGCAGUACUCAUUAGGAGUGAAGCGUGAUGAGAUGCGAAAACUUGAAGAAGUUGCACAGGCAGAAGAAAAGAAGUUAGAAUUAGCAGAACAGUAUCUAGAAGAAGAUGCAACUAUGUUUGAUGAGUUCUUAAAAGAUAAUGAUAAAAAUGCUGUCGAAGCAAUAAAAAUUGCAGAAGCAGAAACUAAAGCGAAACUCGAAAAGGUGACUGAAAUAAAAAAGAUUAAUGCUCAGAUGAUGGCUAUUAUUAGUGAAAUCUCAAAGAAUGAGGACUUGUUGAAGGAAUAUAUGCUGUACAAAAGGUUUCUAGACAAGCUAACACCCAGGGAAGUUUUGGAAGAAAGAAGAAAAAAGAAACUCGAGAGGAAGCGUGAUGCACAAAAGGAGAGCGGCAAAGUUACCCAGGAUCCUUCUCCGAAAAAGAAACUUUCAACUGUCAUGGAGCGAGACAAAAUGAGUAGAUUAAGUACGAGAACAGUUAGAACGAAAUCUGUCAAUUCCCCGUCUACUCACAGAAGCCGGUUGUCUCGUGCAGAAUUUGAAAGUGACAACACUUCAGUGAUAUCACAGGAUACACAGAUAAGUGAUGAAGAGGACAGUGAUGAGGAACCGGAAUUAUACUUCACAAACCCAUCCCAAAUGCUGGAUAUCUUCUCUGAACUAGAAGAACAAAAUUUAUCGCUUAUUCAAAACAGUCAGGACACUGAGGAAGCUUUGGACGAAAUGAAGAAGACUAUAGUCCAAACUAAAGAGAAAAUGAAUCGUGAAACAGAAGCACUUAAACUACAAAUUGAAACAUUAAGAGAAGCGACACGUCGUGAAGAAGAAAAAGCUGCCGAAUUAGAAAUGAAAUCGAGAAUGUUUUCAUUUGGUGAAUUCAAGGCUGAAGAUCAGGAGAAAAUGUUGCUUCAGCUCAACAAAAAAGUGGAGGAAGUGUACGCGAAUUGUAUUGGUGAUAACGAAGCUAACAUCAGCACCCUUCAAAUGCUGACCAAUAUUGAAAAUCGCUUGGAAGAACUUUUUGAAAUGAUCGAAAUGAUGCCACCGGAUAAAGUUGAACUUGCUGAAAAAGCGAAAGAUCGAGAGCGGCGUUUACGUUUGCGCGAAGAGAAGUUAUUGGCACAGAAGAGACAUCAAGAAGAAAGGAUACGCAAAGCGAUUGAAAGAGCACAAGCCGAACCAAAGAAAAAGACUGGACGUCGCUUGGUGUUUCGUUCAUGUCCUCCACAAACACGGAGAAGGGAGGAUGACACGCAAGAAAAAAAUGACAAAGAAGAUGAAGAACUCAAGUAUUUCUUCACGUAAUUUUAGAUUUUUAAAUCAGUCUACUGUCUCUGUGUUUUCAUAAAAUAAGAUGCGUAUGUGUAGAAAGAGGCGUUAAAUUGAAGGCGGAUUUUGGGACGCCCAACACAUCAAAUCAUUCUCGAUACACCUGUUGUUUCAUAUGGCGGUUCCUUGCUAUGUCUUUUUAUUCACAGGGCGUUUUAAUAUUUAAAAGCUUGUUCAUAUUAACUUAUUGAUUGUAUAUAAUAUGUGUAUAUUUUUGAAAUUUAUUUUGAUUUAAUUAGUUUUAUAGUUGGAUAGUCACGUGACAAACGAUUACAAACCUAAUGUCCAA